GUCGACGUGUUCAAAUUUGUCGCCCUCGGUGUGUUAUAGCACCUGGCAGCAGCAGCAGCAGCAGCAACAGCAACAGCAACAGCAACAACAAGCACAGCAGUUACAGGAUAUGUCUGGAGGGGCAAGUUCAGGGUCGUGGCGAUUUACGGCGUCUCCAUUGCCGUCGCCGAUGCGUGCUCCAGUGCCGAUGCACCAGCCGUCUCUUCACCCUUGGACGGUGAGCCCCACGAUUGUAGAUCCCCACCAAAAUCACCAUCGCCAAUCCUUUUCACCACCCCUGUAUGCAAACCGUGGCUCCAUAGAGAAAUACCAGCCUCGAACCAGGACUUUGAGCCACUCGGAUUCCACAAAUGAUCAUGAUAUCCAACCAUUUCCGAACCCGGCUCUAGUCACUUUCACCCCGCCGGCGACACGACCGAAUAGCUGCAACAGCGGCCGGAUGGGGCGAUUAAAACCUGUGAGGGCGUCCACGACGCCGCAGAACGGGGCGACGUUUGCAAUCCCGCAGGAAAUCCUGGAUCCGAGUUAUCGGUCACCGACGUUCCGGAUCAAGAGCUGGAACCCACCUGCAACGGCGCCGGCACCGGCACCGGCACUGGAGAUAUUGAGACCUAUAGUGGAGAGGAGUGUGACUCAACCAGUGCCAACGAUGAAGAAACAGACAUUGGAAGAAUGGACGACAGAGGCACAGACGGAGGAGCAGAAGCUGAUGGGUGUGGAUGUAGUGGCGAAGAGUUCGAUUUGGAGCGCGAAGGAUCAAGAAGGACAGGAGGAGCAGGGUGUGCCGCAGCAGGAGCCGAACUCGAGAAGGGAGCCGUUCCGGUUCAGCUUUACGUCGCAAAGGUUCAGGGAUGUCGUGCAGGCGUCUAUCGAAAAGUCGUGCGCGACUGCUUCAGCUCCAGCAUCAGUUCCAGCAUGCUUGGAGAAGACUAAGGCUGUAUCUGACGAUUCUAUCGUGUCCAUUGUGGAUAGCGCCUCCGUAGAAGAGAAGGAUGAGCUCGCCACUUUGUCUUCGCCAGUAGAGUCGUCAUCGCUUCCCACUGCCGAGGACGAUAUGCCUAUCAAGAUGCCAUGUCCAAAGCUGAGCCCUCCUAGCUCAAUCCUCAUCAUGGCAGUCUCGGACAUCGUCUCCGACAUAGACACAAGUACAGACACAGACGCAGACAUCAAAAAUCCCGCUACCGACCAUCCAGAUGCCGCUGCAGCCCUGAAGACACUAACUUCCAUGUUCCCCAAGGUCUCGACCCUCCCUCGCUCGCAGAGUGCUGCUGCGCGGUAUGAUUUCAAUAUCCAAAAGUCCGCGCCGAUCUCUCCAUUUAUGCCCCACGCGCCUCCUCCGCGCGCAGCUAGCAGCAUCGAUUUCGUGGACCAAUGGAUUCCAUCGAAAUCCGUGCCUGCAACCCCGUUCUCGUUGCCACUGACGACGCCGCCGACGAGCCCCAGGGGUCCGAAGAGUCCUGUAGGAAAUAUCGGUGCUGGGGGAGUGAGUGCGAGUAAGACAGCAAGUUGGACGUCGCUGCACAAGUUGAUGCACAAAUUGACGAACAAUGAAGCUAUGGUCGCAUCGCUGUCGUUACCCCGGCGCGGGCGUAUGCAUCUCGAUGGCUCCUAGGGUGCGUAGGAAAGUACUAUAUCCAAAAACUAUAUAAUUUACUCAAGAAAACUCCAUAGACAAAUAGAAACCAUAGACAUGAUAGAAUAGUAACACGA